CGUGGAGUACCGACUGGUCCAUUGGUUCAAGCUCAGCCGGGAUUAUCUGGUCCUGUUCGUGGAAUUGGUGGACCUGCUCCUAAUAUGAUGCAGCCACAGAUCUCUAGACCACCGCAGAUUAUUCGACCUCCGGGACAAUUGCCGCCUCCGCCUCCGCCUGCUUUCGGUGGUCAAGGUGGUCCUCCUCCACCUUAUGGUAUGAGACCGCCGUAUCCUGGUCCACCACCGCCUCAGUAUGGUGGACAAAGGCCAAUGAUGGUUCCUCCGCCUGGUGGUAUG